UCGCGUGGCCGUAUAAAAGCGUGAUGACGCAGCACGCUCUUCCUUUCCGCCUUUCUGUGAAGUGAAAGGUUCAAAAUGAAGACUAUUCUCAGCAACCAGACUGUUGACAUCCCUGAGAAAGUUGACAUUGCCCUGAAGGGGCGAACAGUCAUUGUCAAGGGCCCCAGAGGAACCCUCCGACGGGACUUCAAUCAUAUCAACGUGGAGCUCUCUCUUUUGGGGAAGAAGCGUAGGAAGCUGCGUGUUGACAAAUGGUGGGGUAACAGAAAAGAGCUGGCGACAGUCCGCACAAUCUGCAGUCACGUUCAGAACAUGAUCAAGGGUGUAACACUGGGAUUUCGUUACAAGAUGAGGUCUGUCUAUGCUCACUUCCCCAUCAACGUGGUUAUACAGGAGUCUGGCUCUCUCGUAGAAAUCCGUAACUUUCUUGGAGAAAAGUUCAUCCGCCGGGUGCGCAUGAGGCCAGGCGUCAAUUGUAUAGUAUCUCAAGCCCAGAAGGAUGAGCUGAUCCUUGAAGGAAAUGAUAUUGAACUGGUAUCUAACUCUGCUGCCUUGAUCCAGCAGGCCACCACAGUCAAGAACAAAGAUAUCAGAAAAUUCUUGGAUGGUAUCUAUGUCUCUGAGAAGGGAACUGUACAACAAGCAGAUGAAUAAACUUUCAACAGAUCUUGCAGUGACAGACCUGGGCAGAAUGUAUUUCUAGCCUUCAGCCCACAGUUGGACAUCGUGUGGAGAAAAUAAAAUUUAUAUAUUUCAA